UGUAGUGCAGUAACACUCACUAGGAAAAACUUGCCAUUGUCUGUACCAUGUACACAUAAUUCUGUGAUGUGUUUGGGUAGUGCUUAAUCUGACAUUAUUUUCUGUGGUGCUAUGACAGAGGAACAACUGUGCUAUAUAUACUUUGUAAAUAUAAUCCCUAAACUGUGUUGAUGAUGCUGCAAGGGACGUUGUUUUCUGUGGUGCUGAGACAGAGGAACAACUGUGCUAUAUAUACUUUGUAAAUAUAAUUCCUAAACUGUGUUGAUGAUGCUGCAAGUGACGUUGUUUUCUGUGGUGCUGAGACAGAGGAACAACUGUGCUAAUCUCUGUAAAUAUAUAAUAUGUUGAAUGGUGCUGAAACUGAAACUGUUUUAUGUGGUGCAAUGUAAUAAUGACAGUAUGGUUUAAUAUGGGCACUGGAUCCCAAUGAAGUCCUAAUGUAAUCCCUUAGGUUAAUACAGGGAUAAGAUGAUGCCUGAUGAGGUCAGUACAGACAUUGUAGACCCCCCAUAGGAGUGAGGUCAGUACAGACAUUGUACACAUACAGAGACUGUAGAACCUCCAUAGAACUGAAGUCCAUAAAGAAAUUGUUGAACCCCUCUGGAGAGGAAAUAUGGGAUAUUAUUUUAACCCUGUAAAUGCUUCACUGUAUAGGAAAGAGUGAAAACAAUUUGUGUAUUUGUGAUUUGUGAUUUCCAUCAUUCUAAAGUUGGAUUGUACUUUAUUACCAACUUAUUUGUAUGAAGAUUUGUGAGAGAAAUAUACCGGUGAAUUUCCCAGCAUUUCUGUUAAAUACAUAUGUGGAUUACUCAGUGCUAUAUCAGUUAUUGAGAGGAAUAUUGAUGCAGAGGUGUUAUGAUCAGUCUCAAAUCUCAAUGAUAUAAACACUGUUGGUGAGAAUUGGUGAGAAAUCAAUGUGUUGAUUGAAGAGUUAAUGAGAUUUUAAUUUCUCACCUUUUCACUACCUUAAUCAGUGAAACAAUCUACCUGUGUACAAACAUGAGAUUCAUGAGACAACCAGUGACCCUGAAUAGGGGACCAGUUGUCAUAGGAACAAGGGAUGUCAUAACAGCAAAUGAUGUCAUCAACAACCGACCAAUUGAAUUCAAUUCCACACGGAAUAUGGAUCAGUUCUUCAACUGCGAUAACAAAACCUCGAACUUCGACCCACAAAAUGUGGCAAAAGGGACAGAGGACAAAAGUAAGAAAUCUCGUGGUAAAAAUACAUCAAAAAGCAAAACAACAUGGCAAGAACUCUCCCCAAAGAAGGAGAGAAAGUCACUUUUGUCCGGGGAAAGUAGUGGCAGUGGGAGUUCCUCCACAGCCAGUAGCCCGACAAAGUCAUGGAAAAGUUUGGAAAAGGGCACGAAUCAAAACCAGAUGUUGACAUGGCGUGAUGUGUCGCCUACGAAAUCUGACCGUGGAAUUGUGUCUUCAUCAUCUGACUCGCAGUACAGCCCAAAACGUGAGCCGGGACGUUUAUCAUCAUCCUCCGACUCGCAGUCAAGUCCGCGGCGUGACCACACACGCCAGCUAUCGUCAUCAUCAGACUCGCAAUAUAGCCCUCGACGUGACAAGCUGUCAUCCUCCUCCUCUGACUCACAAUAUAGUCCAAAACGUCGCCCGAACAGGGGUCAGCGAGGACAUAUAAGAAGCCCUGAGCAUGCUUGUUCACGGCAUAGGACUGGUACCAUCAAUCAAAAUGAGACCUAUAAGGUUCAUGAUAGCCCUGAACACGGACAUGCAAGGUUUUCUCCGCCAUCCCCGUCACGAGGGUUCCCCGCAGCAGGGGGGAUGGAUGAUGCUGCGAGUAAUGAUUAUUUUUACGAUGAGGAUUUUACAGUGCAAUUUGAUACAAACCUGCGCGAGUCAUCGCCAGGAGUGAACUGUUCAUGUGUUGAUCCCGAUCUUAUGAUUGGAUUUCCUCAUGUGGUCACAGGGAGUUACCUCAGCUUUGGCGGAGGAGCAAAGGGAACAAAUAUUCUGGAUCAGAAUUCUACGGAACUCUUUUGUCCAGAUGAGUCCGAAUUGUCUUAUAGUCGUAACUCAGCGAUGGACGUGUCGACAAGUGAGCGUGAGAUGAUGUGUUCUAGUGAUAUGCUUGAUUUCAGUGACAAUCCUUUGUUUACGCCGUCUCCUACGGGGGACCUUCAUGGCGCCGGGGACCUUCAUGGCACAGGGGAACAAUUGAUGACGGACAGUCUCGACAAAGUCACUGUCAAGUGUCAGUUCCCUGUACUUGGCCUAACGCCAGAACAAUACCAAGGUCAAGUUCAAAACACUAUGGAAAUGUCGUCGAGUCGUACUUCCAGUGAAAAUAACUUCUGUCUCAACUGCUGUCCCAGGAAAGAUGAGUACCAUCUGUCCUUUAUAGGGUCUCAGGGCAGUAAAGGAUCUGGCUCUGACCUUGAAAACUCUUUGACCUCUUUAGAAUCAGGUCAAUGUCGCUAUAGUCAGCAACAAGGGAGUGUGUGUUCUACCGAUGGGGAGGAAUGCUCAGACAGUUUUCAUUUCUGUUACUCCGGAACUGGACCCCAUGGUAAAGGAAAGGUGAUUGGAUCGCGGGGCCAAAAGUUUCAUGCUUUAGGGGGUAUACAGGAAACGUCAAUGGAACACUCUGUAUCUAGUGAAGAUUCUGUUUCUCCCAAACUUACCCCGACCUCAAAACAGGAUCUUAAACUCUUCAGUUCGGGGACCCUGCCUCGACACCUCGGCAGCCGAGGUUGCCAGGUAACUUCCCCUAAAAAACGCUUUCAGCCUGUGGCUGCUGGUCAUUCCCCCUUAAGGUCAACGCUGCCACUUAGUGGCCGACAAAGGUCAAAGAAAGUGACAUCGUGGAGACAGGUAAAGAGUCUACGGCGUUUGGGUAAGUUAGAGAGUGUGCUGGAUCCUUCACGGAGUUCGAGUAUGCCUGAUCUGUGUCUCCACCAAACUUGGCAAUCAUUAUCAUCACAGGACAUUCAAAGAUUAGCUGAGAGCUUCCAUAACAAACGCCACUCGGCAUAUCUGUUGGAUUUGUACCAAAGAGCAAAGGACCAAUCAAAUCCUGUCUCUCCUGAAACUAUGGCAAACAUUGAACAGAUUCUGUUCCAACAUCCCAUUGGUCAGACUCACCAUCAUCCCGCGGACCCUCCAAUGGCACACCACAAUAACAACUGUAGUGAAAUAACUCGCGAGGAUUCGUACAGUGAUCAUACCCUGACCAAUAGUCAUGCCCAGUUCCUGUCUGCUGGUGUUAAUGCGACGACACAUUCCAGCCCCGGCCCUGCCUCCACUCCUCAGCCUCAUCCUCUUCAGUACUCAACUCGGAAACGCAUCCUUGAAUGGCUGGAAAAGGAAAAGUUCGAUGCCACCAACAAAUCUAAGGGGUCACAAACUGAGGUCACGAAGUGCACGAAGGAGACGGUUGUUUCCCCGACUACAAUCACUCUUUGGUGUGGAACUAAAAACUUCAGCUCCCAGUUCCCGCCGAGUAUGAAGGACUGUGCGAUACAGACAACGGUCACCGAAGAUGUAAAACCUAAAAAGCCAAGCAUGCAUGACUCGGCUCAACAGACGACACCGAUAUCGGAAAAAAAUUCAGUGUUGUCAAUGUUACCAGAAAGUUUUAAUGAACUAGAAGAAAUUUUGCCAAAAUUUGAGCCACCUGAUGGCAAGAAAUCUAAAGGGUUUAUGCCUCGGUCCAAGAGUGCCGACAGUGCUCGGAGGAAGACAUCUUUAACGGUUGGAAUUUGUGAGAAAAAUACCUUUUAUUCCCACAAAUCCCUGCCCGAUCUGAGUUUCCUGUCUGCUACUGUUUUUACGGCCAAUUCUGAUAUCUCGCUCUUUGACCCACUCCCGUUAGACACCCCAUUACCAGUAUUCUCAGAGAGCGAGGAAUAUGCAAAAACUCAGGAAUAUAUUCGCAAUAAGGCUGCCUACCAUUCUCACUAUGGGCGACAUGAGGCACCGUCCGGUGCUAACUACAAACGGUCGCGCUCUGCGCCCCCGCGUCAUCCCAUCAACGCAAAUCUCUCGCGGAAUUGUGCAGAGUCUGGAUCGAGCAGCAGUGGGUUCAGUACAAGUUCAACCUCGUCAGGAAUCGACCCUGGAUAUAGCGAGCCACGCUCCUCCCAAACCGGAUCCCCGUCUAAUGACAUAGAACGGCUGCUAUUCUACCCUCCCCACAUUGAAAUCUCCAGUUCCUCGAAAUCUCCAUGCCAUGUUUGUAAAUCGGAGGAUGGCUUAGAUAUCGGGCAGAUAUCUACAGGUCCACCCCCUCAGCUUCUGACCAAUCAGCUAGAAGGCACCAACAAAGCCCUGGUACGACCAACAGCAGAGAAACCAGACGAUAAGAAAAUACACCGUUAUACAAAUGAGGUACAUCCGGGGAUGAUGGAUGUUAGACACCGACCUAAACAGCCAGUGAAACCUGUGGUUGCCUCCACGGUAACGACCAACUCCUCGCACCUGGAGCACCUGUACGUCCUGCAAGAAGAGCAGACACCUGUGUCUUCGCCUGAACGUAUAAGUCCAACUCCCUACAGUAGUAGGUUCGACCACACACUGCAGUGUUGUCAUGACAACUGUACUUGUUAUAUUAGCAUGGAGAAUGAAAGGUUAGCAGAGUGGCGGCGGGACCAGCUGAUCUUACGUAGGAAACUAGACUACCAGAUCCAGUUGUCAAGUGAAUCUGGGUCGUCAUCAAGCUCGAGUCUUAUUCCUAAUAUUGACAAAAAGCCUUUGAAAUCUUGUCUUCGUAAGAAGCAGGUCCUAAGGUCAAGGUCAAUGUCAGAGCCAUACCUGAUACAGCAAAUUGAAGGACGUAGGCUACAAGGUCAAAAGGUCAAUCGCCACUCGUAUGCCUGCGAAGAGAUCUACCUGCUCCAGGAUGAGACCGGAGAAUAUUUCUUGUGUGAGAACAAAGAUGAAACGGAAGAAGAAGAGGUGGAGGAUGGCGAUGAGGAUGAAGAUGAGAAGGAGACUAGUGACCCAGUCAUGUUUUAUCUUGAGGACGACAGUGUCGGCAACUCUCAAACCGUGCGCCGACGGCAGAAGAAACCUGUUGAGGAGAAGAAAGAGAGCUGUGAUGAUUCCUCAGACAAAGAACUCAGUGGGAAGCGUAAAAGUGUGAGCUUCGCCUCUGAGGUGUCCUUCCAUGCCAUCAGUCCACAGGACUCGCCAAAGCGUCGCAACACUAACAGCGAUACUGAUGACUCAGAGGACACAGAAGCUAAACAGGAGACUGUCCAUUGUACACCGAAGGACACAGAAGCUAAACAAGAGACUGUCAAUUGUACACCGAAGGACACAGAAGCUAAACAAGAGACUGUCCAUUGUACACCAAAGGACACAGAAGCUAAACAAGAGACUGUCCAUUGUACACCAAAGGAGAGUCAGAAGGAGCAACCGGCCGCGUCAACAGCGGCACCAGGGUUACCAGAGUCGACACCCAAACCCGUCCCUGCUCAGACGUUAGUGAGUAGUCUGGCAUCGUCGGCCGACUCAGACUCGGCUCCACCAGCGGAGUUCCUCCUGUCUCCGCCCCAGCCAGAACCACAGUUAUCUCCCUUCAGCCACGCCCUCGCUCUCGGUCCCGAGACUGCACGCCGCAGAGUGAUGCUUCACGAAGUUUCCCAGGCCGCUGAAUCUCUAGUCAGACAUUUCGCUAAAGCAAUGAACCCUUUCGACAAGUUGCGACUAGGGAGUACGGCAGACAGCCCGGAGGUGGGAGAUCUGGUUUUAUCAACGCUGUGUUCCGUCUUGACCCGUGUGGUCAGUGACGGGAUGAAGCCUUACCUGGCUGGGGUCCAGGUGUUCGGCCGUGUCCAGGUGACCGUGUGGAAGGUGACCGAGGCCUCUGCUGAACAAGGUCCUUACACACGGGCUGUGCACGAGCUUGUUCAGCAGCUGAAGGCAAACGGCGGGCUCACAACCAACUCAAUGAAAUUUGAAGCAUUCAUCUUCAGCCUGCUCAAUUUGCGUCUGCUUGAUUACUGGAUGGGCUACCUGAGGUACAGUGACACCAUCACAGAGAAGUACUAUAAUCCCGACGGAGUUAUUGUCCUUGGGCGGACUGCCCACCAGGUGGAGUAUGAUGAAAUGCUGACAUCACUCCAAGCACUAGCAGUGUUGCCGUUCCAGCUAGGACUUGACUUCCUGACAGAGAAAUAUGCAAAAACUAAAUCUGCUUCCCCUUCACAUAGCCCCUCUAAAGGUCUCCCCCUGGGGAGCCCCACAGAUGACAAGCAAGCCCCAGCUAAGCCCCCGCGGCGUACCCCAACUGGUAUCACCUCUAAAGCAUGGGAUUGGCUGAAAGGCGGGGCUACAGAGCCUCCUGCUGAACAGGUUCUGGCCGAGUCCAAUGGUAUGAUAUCUAGUUUCACCGGCAUGCUAGGAAAGUGGACAGGAUGGGACACCUCAAAAGGGGAUGGUCUUCAGGCUCCUCCAACUAACUGUCAAUCACAACAACCAGCCAAUCAGAACCAGCCAACCCAAAAUGUAGUUAAGGUGGAGAAUGAUAACCCAGAACUAACUGUCACACCACAAAAGCUGACAGGAAGAUGUCCUGUUGCAGAGGAGGAAGAGUUCCAAGAUUGUGAGAUAGAAACCGAACCCUCAGAUACAGCCAAGGGAGAUAAAUCCAGCUCUCCUUUAAAAGUUCAAAUAGAUAAGACAGAGCCAGUAUCAGAAUCUGUUGCUAAGGAAUUGUCUCCAAGUCAUCAAAUUAGUACAACCGAAAAGAAAACAACACAUGAGAUGAAAGUCUUUCCAGAAAAGCUUGAUCCUGAUAAGGAGGAAGAAAGCUCAUUAAACAUUGAGAAAACCAUGAUUGAAUCAGUAACGGGAAUAACACAGAAGCUCCUUGGCAUGGGAAACCAGCGUGAGAAACCGGCAUACAGGAAGGGUGUCACUGAUUAUGACUUUAACAAGGAGCAGAGAGAAAACACGUCUGCAGAGAAAAAGUUGGAAAAUGAUACAUCUGAGACGUUGGCAGACAGCUCAAAACCUCCAGCAGAGAAGAGUUCUGAAGUCACAGCAGAACCAGGGACAGAUGACAAAGCUGCCCCAGUUACAGGUGGAGAGAAACAAGCCAAACCAGAGGGGGGAAAAUUACAGACUUCAGCAGAACGCAAGUCCAUGAUCCCCACGGCAACAUCUCGUCCAAAGAAUUUGGGAAUGGCCAAGGGAAAGACAGAGGCCAAACCGACCGGAGGGAAAAACAAGUCGGGGUUGAUCAAGCUGUUUGACAAACUUCUGUUGCCGAAAGAGAACAAUGCGCCACCAAAGGCUGCAUCAGCCUCACAGAUUCCCAAGAUCAAGACCAGGUGGAGCUGGGGAGCGGGAGCUCAGAACCAGGCCCCAGUCGACACUAAGACCGGCGUCGGGGCCCGACCAAAAUCUGUCUGUGUAAUGAAGACAGAACCUUCUCCAAAACAAACAAGCACUGCUCCGGCAAAGAAGAGACCUAAUACUACAACAACCAAGGAGGAUCCAAAAAACUUGAAUGCCUCCCCAGUGACAAGAGUGGGAAGAGACCAAAAUGGUGGACUCGGAAAAGAUCAAGCAGAAUUAAACGCGACCCAGAGUAAAGGGGACGCAGUUAAGGAUGCAGACAAGUCCGUACAAAAUGCUAUAAACGCAGGACAGGAUCAACUUCUCACGAUCCAGCUGGAUAAAACCACUGGGGAGGCGUCACUACAGCAGACCUUUCAUGUUGAUGAUAACGGAGAGGCAAAACUUAGGCAGCGAUACCAGCUGGACCAGACAGGUAAGGCUCGCGACCAGAACCUCACCGUACAAUGGGACCGGUGCAGUCCCGUCAAACUGCAGCAGACCGUGCAUCUAGACCAGGGUCAGGCCAAGCUGCACCAAACGAUGGAAGUCGACCAGGAUACAGAGGGUGCAGCACAAGUCAAGACAGGCCAGGGGGCAGCACCAGUCAAGGCAGGCCAGGAGGCAGCACCAGUCAAGGCAGGCCAGGAGGCAGCACCAGUCAAGGCAGGUCAAGAAGAGGCAUCAAACAAAGCAGAGGGUAAGGAUGGGAAUGUUGAGAAUGCAGGGAAGACAGGUGAAGAUCUGGAGGGAGACAAAGGAAAGAAGGGUAAAGGCGGAGAUAAGAAAGCCGUAGCGGCUGGGCGAGCCGCGUGGAAGGCAGUUGAGCGUGGACCCACGCUCUUCCUACCUACUAAUUGUAAAUUCCUGGACAAUAUUGAGAAACGAAACAAUGACCCAGAAUCACCCAAGAGAAAGGCAUCGCCGAACAGACGUUCCACACCUUCUAGCACAAACUCAAGCCCUGCCAAUUCACCCAAGUCACCGAGAUCAAAUAAGACCAAACGGCGUUGGUCUCUGCACGGCAACACGUUUAAGAAAGAACCAGCUGAUUUGGAUAUCCUUAACUCCAACUCCAACUCGCCAGAUAACAACAUACUUAAGUCUGCUCCCACUACUCCCUCCAAGGGCAAAACUGUCAAGACUGACCCAUCAAAUAGCAGUGCAGAUAAAUCUGACCAAUCAAAACCAAGCAGAUCUGAUAAAUCCAAAAACUUGACAAAAAAAUUGGCCAAUGGUAAAGCAGCAAGUGGUGAAAAGGAGAAAAAGAAACUAGCCAAUCAGAAAAGUAACAAGGAGGAGAAAGCAAGUAAUGAAAAGAAGAGUUCUGAUGAAAAGGAAGAAGGAGAGUUCCGGUUCCUCAAACCUGUCUACAGGUACAUCCAGACCUUGAAGGCAUAUGAGGCGACUGAUCCAUCCUACCUAUCGUACGGCGAAGGCGAGUACUUCGAGGUGUUGGCACAGAUCGACGCCAUCCGACUCUUCUGUGUACAGGGAAAGAAAGAGGGUCUUAUUCAAGUGGAGGCCGUCAAAUCAGUUACAGACAAAGACGAAUUUCAUGUUUUGCAUGACAAUUUUUAUCGGUGAUAUGUUUACAGAAUAUUGUUUGUGACUGAAUUAGCACUUUGGGGAGAUAGUUGGUAAAGGGAGAUAAUUUCCACAAGAAUUUCAUUGAGAAAGGAUUAUCAUCGACAAAGGGAGAUAAUCAGUGAGGAAGGAAGACCAUACUCAAAAGAACAUAUAUAACCAAGAAAGAAUAAGAUAAUUUCAAAGGAAGGCCAUACUCAACAAAGGGAGAUAAUAGACAAAGGGAGGUAAUUGUAGUAUCUCUCUGGGAAGGCAUUAGAUGUGAUACCUGGAGUGAGGUGUAAGGUGCAUUAAUCUUGGUGAUAUUUCAUUAGUUCUCAGAUGUUUAGUUUUAUUUUAUGUUCUUAGAAACAUUUUAACACAUAUUUAAAUUUCCAUUUGUAAGUGAUAUUUUAUAUAAUUUAAUGUGUUGUGUAUCCUAUUAAAAACAAUUCUAGAUC